UCAUGGUGACAUAUAUCAGCAGGGUAGAUUUGGACAAAGUGUUGCUAAUUCAGUAGAAUGUCAACUUCUAAUUUUUGAGCUUGAGAGAAAUGGUUUUCAGAUUAUUGUUGUUCUUCCCAACUAAACUCAGACCUGAUUUAGCUAAUUCCUGUUUUUUGUCAUGCAGACGCAGCUUUAUCGUUUGACAGAACACUUCUUGAGGAAAGUAAAUCUGCCAGAGAUUCACAGAACAGCAGAAACGGAGUUGGCUGUUGCAGAUGCAAUUAAUAUUGAGAAGAUUGUUGCUGAUAAGUCAAAUAGCAAAAUAGUGUAUUUGAACCUUUGUUCCCAGGAGAUAAUUCGUUGUUCAGAUAACAGCGAGUCCAUUAGAGCCAAGGAAUCAAAUUCUUCAACAAUGUCAUUACAGCCCACUGAUCAAUCAGAACAAGCUAGCGACAAACUUCCUACUGAUCCUGCAGUGAGGGAUGCAUUGAGAAAUGCAGGACUUUUAUCAGAUUCUCCUCCAAGUAGUCCAUGUCAUAACAAGGAGGCUUCUAAUGAAGUAGAUGAUUCCCCAUUGCAAAACAAAGAAGAAGGGCCUGAUAACAUAUUUGAAAUAGAUUCUCUUCCAGAGGUGGAUAUAUAUGGUGACUUUGAGUAUGAUUUAGAAGAUGAAGACUACAUUGGUGCUGCUGCUAUGAAAGUCCCAAAGCUACAACCUGAAGAAACUGAGUCAAGGAUGAAUGUAGUCUUCUCCACUCUUCAAUCUGAAAGGUUGAAUGAUGUUUUGGACUUUGAAUAUCAUAAGAGAUUGGGGGAUAUUGAAGAAUCCAAGCAUUCUUCCCCUCUGCUGAAGAAUCAUAAUAAUGGAGGUACCAUUAGCUCAACAAUUGAAGUUGGAACUGAUAAGUCUUGUGUUCCUCAAGAGCUGUUGCUUGGUGAAGAGCCCUUUCUUGCAGAGUGUGAAGAAUUAUAUGGCCCAGACAAGGAACCACUUGUACACAAAUUUCCAGAAGACUCAUUGAUAAAACUAUCUGGGCAGGUUCAUGCUGAAGCACCAGCUGAGAAUGAUGAUUUGAGCCAAGUUAAGCGUGCAAUUGUUGCUUCUGUUAGUCAGAACUCCUGUGAUGGAGAAAAAUCAUCCAACCAUUCCCAAACAAGCGAAAACAUCCCAAGAAAGGAUAAAUCUAAGAUUGAUAUGAACAAGCAGUGUGAUUUCAUCAAUUCUAUUUCAAAGAAGGUUGAAACCUAUGUCAAAGAGCACAUCAGGCCACUCUGUAAAAGUGGCAUAAUCACUGUUGAACAAUAUAAGUGGGCUGUUGCAAAAACCACCGAUAAAGUUAUGAAAUACCACAUGAAUGCCAAGAAUGCAAAUGUCCUAAUCAAGGAAGAAAUACAAAGUGAUGCCUUGCGCCAAAACCUGAUGCCUAGGUCUUGCUUCCAUGCAUAUCAAGUAGUAGGUCAUUAGAAGCUAUGGCCACGUGAUGUAUGCUGAAGUGCUUUUGUCAAGGCAGCAGAAGGGAAAAAGUGUAAAUUUUUCUAGUCAAAUCUAAUAGAAUCUUCAGAAUGAGAUCUUUCAGGAAUAAUGAAACUGAGCAUGCAUGGACGUUUCCUUCAUGUCUACUUAUAUGGUUUGCUCCCAUUGCAGGAACCUCAAAGCUGAAGGAAUUGCAAGCUGCAGAAUUAGACUUAGUAAAUGUGCGUGGAAGAAAGGAUUUGUCAUUCACCAAAUUGAAUCCAAAUGAAGAGGCUAUAAUGCGUUUGGGUAAAUGAUUGUGAUGCAUUGCAGCACAGGACAAUUGCAUAUAUAAGCUUCUCUGUUUCUAAUGAUAGCUAAUACUUGAAUUUUACUCACUAUCUCUCAACUUUAGUCUUUAUAAUGAGAAUUUCUCAACUCUAGUCCUCAUAAUGAGAGUA